GGACAUGGCCAUGCACCUUCUGAUGGCCUCACCUCCACUCCACUGAUACAAUGUCUUCUCUCAGCCUGCGUCACAGCGUGGUGCCUCGCCGUCGAUCUCGAAAUGAGAGUGGAGACGACAGCGACAGUUCCGACUCUGUCAACGCGACUCCCGCAUCCAACAGCAAACGCCCUCGUCUAAACCCUACCGAAGAAGAAUCUGAGAGUGAAGGUGAUGAAAGUGAGGAGAAUGAGGAUACCCAAAACGAUGCGGACGGAAGUCGAGAAUCGAGCCAGCCCUCCGCGCCGCGGCCCCAAGCCCACCUUGGAAUCGGGCCCGGUGGCUACAAACCUGGGGCGAUCGUUCGAAUCAAAGUCGCGAAUUUCGUGACUUAUACGUCCGCUGAGUUCCAUCCAGGCCCGAAGCUGAAUAUGGUUAUUGGCCCGAACGGCACAGGCAAGAGUACCUUGGUCUGCGCAAUCUGCCUUGGUCUCGGUUGGGGCCCUCAGCAUCUCGGACGAGCAAAGGAUCUUGGCGAAUUCGUGAAACACGGCUGUGCGGAAGCCAAAAUAGAAAUUGAACUCGCAGGCCCACCGAAGCUUCCCUCGAAUCCCGUCAUAUGUCGAAACAUCAAACGUGACGGAAACAAAAGCUCAUUCACCAUCAAUGGAAAGAGUGCUAGUUCAAAACAAGUCCUGAAAUUCGUGCAGUCAUUCGCCAUUCAAGUGGACAACCUCUGCCAAUUCCUUCCUCAGGACAAAGUUGCUGAGUUUGCCGCGCUUUCUCCCGUCGAACUUCUUCAUUCCACUCAAAGAGCUGCAGCCGAGCCGGAGAUGACUGCAUGGCAUGAUCACCUCAAGGGUCUCCGUCAACAGCAAAAGCAACUGGAGCUUGAGAACCGGGGUGACAAUGAGACUCUGGCAAAUCUCAAAGGUCGGCAAGAACAGCAAAGAGCAGAGGUCGAGAACAUGCGGCAGUUGGCCGAGGCUCAGGAGAAGAUGCAGGUUUUGGAGCUCUGUCGGCCGGUUUUGGAGUACAGGGAGGCCCACAAAAAAUUUGAGGAGGUCAGAGAGAGGAAAGCUCAAGUUGAACAAGAGGAGCGGCAACUCAAGGCCGAACUCGAACCUGUCAUGCAUGCAGUCACUGCCAAGAAGAGCUAUGUCGAACAGAUCAGCAGCGUCCGGGCACACCGCAGAGAGCGUGCUGAGCAAUUAGCCAAGGAAGCCUCAGCUUGUGCGCAAAAGCUGGAGAACCUGCAAAAUUCCAUGAAUGACCUGGAUGGUCAAAUAGCGGCCGAGAAGAAGAGUUCGCAGAAGCAUAAAUCCGAGGCGACCCAGGCGCAGCAAAAAGUUAACAGGCUGAAGCGUUCAUUAGAGGAAGAUGUUUCCGAAUUUGAUGCAACUUACUACAACGACCUUCUGCGCGAGAAAAGACUUGAACAGCGGGAGCUCGAGACCAAAGCGACUGCGAUUAAGCAAGAGCGAAUCCCAGUCGAGGAAAAAAGGAAAGAGUUGGAGAGCCACAUCGAAGAGGCCGAGACACAGCUGCGAAGUCUGGAUUCCCAGAUGGGCCAGCAGGAAGCAAGACUGCAGCAGGUAUCUCUGGAGACACUCAAAGCUUAUCGAUGGGUCAAAACCAAUCAGGACAAAUUCGAGAAGCCAGUUAUCGGUCCUCCAAUCGUGACUUGCUCGAUCACAGAUCCCAAGUAUGCCGAUGCCAUUGAGACUCUUCUUAAUAAGAACGACUGCCUGGCGUUCACGGUCCAAACCAAAAAGGACUUCCGAACUUUGCAACAACAUCUGAUGGGACAAAUGAAACUUCACGACAUCACUAUCAAAACGAGUCCCUCUCGCGACUAUCCCCCACCCCCAGUAUCGGACCAGGAACUCCGGCAGCUGGGAUUUGAUGGCUGGGCGAAGGACUUUAUCAGCGGACCUGAUCCCGUCAUUGCCACUCUUUGCAUGGAGAACCGCUUCAGUCAAACCCCCAUCGGGCUCAGUCAGUUUAGGGGUGAACAGGCAGAGGUCGAUGAGCUGCGCAGGAAAAAAAUCGCCAUAUUUGUGGCUGGGUCUCAGAUGUAUCAAACCAACUACCGUGCAGAGUAUAACGCUUCUUCUACUAGCAUCAAGGUGGUUGGGACUGCCAAGUUCUGGACAUCACAGCCCAUCGACACGUCUAUCAAACAAACUCUUCUCCAGAAUAUUGGGAAUUGGAGGGAGGAAAAGGAAGAAGUUGAACAAAGAAUUCAAGCUUUCAGAAAGGAGUUGGAGAACUUGAGAAACUCUCACAAGGAGAUUGACAGAGCAAUUGAAACAACCGAGAGAGAAAAAGCUACGAAACAAUCUGCUCACACAGAGUGGCUUGCUAUCCCCCAGAAAAUCAGUCAAGAAGAAUCCAAGGUGAAGAGUCUCCAGGAGCUUUUCGCGGCUGUGAGAGAAAAAGUGGCUGGGUAUCGUGAUGAGCAGGAUGGGCUUGCUAUUCAAAAGGCGGAGGCGGCGCUUGAAUAUGCGGACGCUGCUGAGGCGCUUCGACAUGCUUGUGAGGAGCUCGUCAAAGUUGAAGUCUGGCACCUAGAGGCCAAAUCGGAUCACCAGACCCUCGAGGACAAACAUGCAGGUUACAAACAGAUGCUAGAGCAGAAGGCUCGAGAAGUGAAACAGCUCCGUGAUGAAGUCAAAGAACGUCGUGACAGGGGUCGCGCAAUGUUAAAACGGGCCACGGAAGUCUUUGAUGAUCUCGAGCAGCGACCGAACGGCGAAGCGAUUCGUAGCAUGGUAAAUGAAGUCACUUAUUCUCUCGAUAAGCUCAACGCCGAUAUCGAUUCACAACAAGCCCAGAUCCGACUGUUUGUUGGGGGCAAUAGCAAUAUCAUUAAGAUAUUCGAGGAUCGGGAAAAGCAGAUCGAGAGAUUGGAGUUAAAACUCAGCGACUUCCGAACUAAGUUGGCUGAGUUCGAUGCUGCAAUCAAGGAAGUUCGGGGACGCUGGGAGCCAAGACUGGAUGCACUUAUCGCCAAGAUCAGCGAUGCUUUUGGAGACUCGUUUGCGCGCAUUGGCUGUGCUGGACAGGUCAGCCUGGGCAAGGUGGAAGCCGAACCCGGUCCGAACGGCGAACCUGGUGGCACCGAGUUCGAUCAAUGGUCUAUCCAAAUACACGUCAAGUUCCGUGAACACGAGCAACUCUCGAUUCUUGACUCGCAUCGUCAGUCCGGCGGUGAACGUGCCGUCAGCACCAUUUUCUACCUCAUGGCACUUCAGUCACUGUCCGCGUCGCCCUUCCGCGUGGUUGACGAGAUCAACCAGGGUAUGGAUCCCAGGAACGAACGCAUGGUACACGGCCGCUUGGUCGAUAUCGCCUGCGACUCCGACGGUGAAGGUGCGGUCGACGAGAAUGGCAACCCUGUCGGCGGCGGCGGUGGUGGUCAAUACUUCUUGAUCACCCCCAAGCUUCUCAGCGGGCUAUCCUACAAGCCUGGCAUGCGGGUGCUUUGCAUAUACAGCGGGGAGCAUAUGCCCGAGGAAUAUGCAAAGCUCGAUUUCGGCCGUGCCGUCCGGAAGAUGAGAGCCAUUAAUGAGCAAGCCAAGUCUCGUGCUAGUGGGAGUAAUUCCCAGGUCGAUGUGUAUGGCUGAUGGAGUGUGCUCUUCUGGACGUGUCCAAGUUUAUAGUGGGUGGGCUUACGGCAGUUGCAUCAUGUUUUGUUCUAGCGGAGUCUCUCUUUCUCUUUUGUUGGAUGAUUUGGAGUCCGAGUGGAUGGCAGCUACCAAGUAGCCAGCAGGAAUUUCAUGCUCCCUUUUGACUUUUCUUUGUUAUAUGUUCACGGCAGAGUUGUUUUGCCUGUUGAUUUUCAAUACCCAGAAUCUCGAUUUAGUUGUUUCCAUUCAUCACCGUCGAACUGAACCUCCACGGACGUAGUCCCUAGGUGUGCUACUAAGGCUACCGCAGUAUGGUGCGGUCCAGUGGAGAGAAGUAACCCAC